AUGGUGACAGUUGAAAAACCACCUCAAAAAGGUAAUUUGGGGAGCUCGUCCAAUGGAUAUCUGGGGCAGGAGGAUUCCAGCAGGGGCGCAGCAAGCGUUAACCUGCAGCAGGAGCUCGCUUGGUCAUUUGAGGAAGUGUCUGGAGGUCAAGUAGCAGACGUGUGUGACCUGUUGGACGAGGAGGUCGAGGUGCGGGUAGAGGACACACUGGAGCUUGUCAUUUCAGUGAGAAAUGAGCUGUCCUUCAGCUUCCCAUCACACAAGCAAACCUUCUUUAUUAACCUCUUUCUGGGAAUGGAUGGUCUGACCCUUCGCUUCGCUGUUUUCGUCUGUGACAUGGAGAUGAAGGAUUUCCUUCACAGAAUGGGUGAAGAACCCUGUUCCCAUGAAGGCCGCGUGUAUCGGGAUGGGGAGGACUGGCAGCUGAGUCGCUGUGCCAAGUGCCUGUGCCGAGAUGGGGUCACCCAGUGCUUCACAGCUCAGUGUCGGCCACUGUUUUGUAACCAGGAUGAAGCCAUUGUCCGAGUCCCUGGAAAGUGUUGCCCGCAGUGCUCGCCGCCACCCUGCUCUGCAGCUGGCCACAUAUACCAGCAUGGGGAGCAGUGGAACCAAGACUCGUGCACCAUGUGCACUUGUGACCGGGGCAAGACCAGUUGUCAUAAGCAGGCCUGUCCUCCCCUGCAGUGCCAGAAGGAGGGAGAGAAGUGGGAAGAUGGCCCUUGUCAGGUGUGCGAGUGCCAGGGGGCUCAGGUCACCUGCUAUGAGCGCGCUUGCCCGCCGUGUCCAGUGGCCACCCUGGCUCUGGCGGUGAAGGGACAGUGCUGCCCAGAUUGCACUUCAGUUCCUUGCCACCCGGACUGCUUGACCUGCUCUCGUUCCCCGGGCCACUGUGACCUCUGCCAGGAUCCCACAAAGUUGCUGGAGAAUGGACAGUGUGUACACAGCUGCAGCCUGGCAUUUUACCAGGCUGGUAGCCUUUGUUUAGCCUGCCAGCCGCAGUGCUCCGCCUGCACCAAUGCGCUGGAGUGCUCGUCCUGCCGGCCCCCCCUGCUGAUGCAGCAAGGACAGUGCGUGGCCGCCUGUGGGGACGGCUUCUACCAAGAUGGACACUCCUGUGCAGCAUGUCAUGCAUCCUGUGCAGGCUGCUCAGGCCCCACCGAGAAGCACUGCGUGGUCUGCAGAGACCCCUUGCAAGUGCUGAGACAUGGCAGCUGUGAGAAUAGCUGUGGUGACGGCUUCUAUGACAAGCAGGGCACCUGCAUGGCUUGUGACCAGUCCUGUAAGAGCUGCGGUCCCAGCAGCCCCAGAUGUCUGACCUGCACUGAGAGUAUGCUGCUACAUGGCGGGACAUGUGUUUCAGAGUGUCCUGGUGGAUUCUAUGCUGAUGCCAGCAGCAGAUGUAAAGCUUGUCACAGCUCGUGUGCCAGUUGCACUGGACCUGCAAGCUCUCACUGCACAUCCUGCGUUCAGCCCAAAGUCCUACAUCAUGGCUACUGUCUGACCAGCUGUGGAGAGGGCUUCUACGCUGACCAUGGGGUCUGCGCAGCCUGCUAUGCCUCCUGCCAGACUUGUGUGGGACCUGAACCUUCUCACUGCACCGAGUGUAGGAGCCCCGAGAUGGGACUGCAGGUGGGACAGCUCCUGGCCACUGUGCCCUCCGGCGAGUGCCUACCCCACUGCAGUGCCCAGUUUUACCUGGAGAGCACUGGCCUGUGUGAAGCGUGCGACACACAUUGCCGGAGCUGCACUUCACCUACCAGCUGUACCUCCUGCCGAGAUCCCAACCACGUGCUGCUCUUUGGGGAUUGCCAGUCGGAGAGCUGUGCCCUGCAGUACUACCUUGACAUAUCCACCAGGACGUGCAGAGCUGCAGACAGCAGCCUCAAAAAUAGGUUGUGGGGCCUGAGGCUGGAUGGCAAGCAAGCUGAUCUAACACAGACUUCCUCUGCAGAGUGUGACUGGAGUUGCAACGUGUGCAGCGGGCCUCUGCGAACAGACUGCCUGCAGUGCAUGGACGGCUAUGUUCUCCAGGACGGCGCCUGCGAGGAGCGGUGUUCAUUGUCUUUCUACCACGACGCGGGCCUCUGCAAGAGCUGUGACAACCACUGUCUUCAGUGCCAAGGUCCCUACCAGUGCACCCACUGUGAAGAGCCAUUUCUCCUCUUCGAAGCCCAGUGUGUCCAGGAAUGCGGGAAGGGAUAUUUUGCAGAUCAUGCAAAACACAAAUGCACAGGAAAAACACACACUCCCAGUCUUCAUGUGAAUGGGUCCUUGACCCUUGCUAUUGGCGCAAUGAAGCCAUUGGACUUCUCCCUGCUGAAUGUCCAACCCCACGAUGGCACCGUGGAAGAUCUGCUGUUCCACGUUGUGAGUACUCCCACCAACGGUCAGCUCGUGCUCUCAAGAAAUGGAAAAGAGGCUCAGCUGGACAAAGCUGGUCAUUUUAGCUGGAAAGAUGUAAACCAGAGGAAAGUGCGCUUUGUGCAUAGCAAAGAAAAACUCAGAAAAGGUUACUUUUCCUUGAAGAUUAGUGACCAGCAGUUCUUCUCGGAACCACAGCUGAUCAACAUACAAGCAUUUUCAACCCAGGCCCCGUAUGUGCUGAGAAAUGAGGGUCUCCACAUUAGCCGCGGAGAGCAGGAAACAAUCACCACCCAGCUGCUUGACAUCCGGGAUGACGACAACCCACAGGAUGUGGUGGUGGAAGUGCUUGAUUCUCCACGCCAUGGCCAGUUGCUCCACGUGCUUCAGUCCCCUGCAGCCUCCAUCUCUCAGUUCCGGCUGGAUGAACUCUCCAGGGGCCUUCUCUAUGUUCAUGAUGGCUCUAACAGCACAGCCGAUGUCAUGGUUCUCCAGGCCAGUGAUGGACACUCCUUCCAAAAUAUACUAUUCCACGUAACCAUUGGGCCCAAGAAUGAUGGAGCCCUUCAGCUCAUGGCUGACUCAAUGGUGUGGGUUCCGGAAGGCGGCAUGCUACAGAUCACCGACAGAAUCCUGCAGGCUGCGGCUCCCGGUGCCAGCCCAGACAGCAUUGUCUACACUAUUACAGAAGGCCGCCCUCAAUUUGGGGAAGUGGUCCUCCUGGUGAGCCUGCCGGAGGACAGUCCCAGAGACGAAGGGCAGCACCUGCCCGAUGGGAGGACAGCAACGCCGACCAACUCCUUCACCCAGCAGGAUGUCAAUGAUGGCGUCGUGUGGUACAGGCACUCGGGGGCCCCAGCCCAGAGCGACUCCUUCCACUUCCAGGCUCGGGAAGAUGGCCUGACAGUCAUUCAACCUCAUUUCUUGUCCUUUGUGAACUCUAAGAGGCUCAGUGGGAAGAUUGUGUACAAUAUCACUCAACCUCUGCACCCAAAUCAAGGUGUCAUCGAGCACAGGGACCAACCUCUCUCUCCCAUCCGGUACUUCACACAGGAAGACAUUAACCAAGGCAAAAUCGUGUACCGGCCUCCCUUGGCAGCACCCCACCUCCAGGAGAUCAUGGCCUUCUCCUUUGCAGGUCUCCCAGAAUCUGUGAAAUUCCACUUCACGGGCCUCCAGGUGAUAGUGAGGGACCCUCAGGCAGUCCCCGAAGAACUCUUCUUCAAGCUUCAGACACCUCCACAGCAUGGCGUGCUCCUUAAGGACACAGCUGACUUCCGAGGCCCCAUGGUUGCAGGUGACACUUUCACAUAUGAUGAUGUUGAGAAAAACAGUGUGCAAUAUGUACACGAUGGUUCCUCUGCCCGGGAAGACAGCCUGGAGAUCUCAGUCACUGAGGGCCUGGCGGUGACAGUGUCCCAAGUAAGAGUGGAGGUGUCCGUGUCAGAGGACACAGGGCCUCGGCUGGCUGCUGGUUCCUCUCUGAGCAUGACUGUUUCAAGUCACGGCACAGCCACGAUCACCAGGUCACACCUUGCAUACGUGGACGAUUCUUCCCCCGACGCAGAAAUCUGGAUUCAGUUAAAUUCUCUGCCUAUGUACGGUGCUCUCUUAAGAGCUUCAGGAUCUGAGGUGGAAGAGCUCUCUGAGGUUGCCAAUUUCACAAUGGAGGACAUCAACAAUGAGAACAUUAGAUACUCAGCUGGGUUUGAGACAGUCAGUCAUCUGGUUACCGACAGCUUCCACUUCUCUGUCUUUGACACGGACCACAACCAACUGGACAAUCAGAUAUUUACCAUCACGAUCACUCCGGCUGGGAAUCCACCUCCAGUCAUCGGUUUUGCUGACCUUAUCACAGUUGAUGAGGGAGGGAGAGCUCCACUUUCAUUUCACCAUUUCUUUGCUACUGAUGAUCAGGACAACCUCCAGGAAGAUGCCAUCAUUAAACUAAGUGUUCUGCCCAAAUACGGCUGCAUUGAGAACACAGGAACAGGCGAUCGCUUUGGCCCUGGAACAACCAGCAGCCCGGAGGCGUCAUUCCCUAUUCAAGAUGUCCUGGAAAACUACAUAUACUACUUUCAGAGCAUUCAUGAGAGCAUCGAGCCAACCCAUGAUAUUUUUAGUUUCUAUGUGAGUGAUGGAACCAGUCGUUCAGAAAUUCACAGCAUCAAUAUCACUAUUGAGAGGAAGAACGACGAGCCUCCCAGGAUGACCUUGCGGCCCCUUGGAGUGAAGCUGAGCUUCGCCGUGGUGAUAAGCAAUUCUUCUCUGAGCCUCCAAGACCUCGACACCCCAGAUAACGAGCUGGUUUUUGUACUGACAAAAAAGCCUGACCACGGUCAUCUACUCCGGAGACUGACUUCUUCAGAUCCUCUGGAGAAUGGGACAGUGUUAUUCCAGGGCUCCUCCUUCACCUACCAGGAUGUCCUGGCUGGGUUGGUUGGAUACUUGCCUAGGGAUUCUGGUGUAGCAGUGGAUGACUUUCAGUUCUCACUUACUGAUGGCCUCCAUGUGGACACAGGGCGGAUGGAGAUCUACAUAGAACUGCCCAAAAGCGACUCCCCCCAUAUGGCUAUAAACCGAGGACUGCAGCUCUCAGCAGGGUCUGUGGCACGCAUCACAGAACAGCACCUGAAAGUGGCAGGCACUGACUCAGAUGCCCAUCAGGUUAUGUACAUCCUGAAGGAGGAUCCUGGAGCAGGGCGCCUGCAGAUGGUGACACAUGACAGCCUGCGACAGAUCUCUGUGCAUGGCCCCAUCCGAGGCUUCACCCAGGCUGACAUAAGCCAAGGACGUGUCGAGUAUAGUCAUGGAACAGGAGAACCUGGCGGGAACUUUACUUUUAAAUUCGAUGUGGUUGAUGUUGAGGGCAACAGGUUGACGGGCCAGUCGUUUUCCAUUGGUGUUUUAGGUGUCCGGAUCAGUUCCUUUAGUCAGGCUGAUGUGACUUCACAGAAUGUGCAGUACGUCCAUUCCAGUGAGACCGAGAAGCAUUCAGAUGCGUUCGACUUUGUGCUAUCUGAUGGACUCCACGAGGUGACUCAGACUUUCCACAUCACCAUUCAUCCUGUGGAUGAUGCACUGCCGGUGGUGCGCAACUGGGGAAUGCGGGUGCAGGAGGGCGUGCGGAAGACCAUCACUGAGUUCGAACUUAAGGCAGAGGAUGCAGAUACAGAGGCUGACUCCGUCACAUUCAGAGUGGUGCAGCCCCCACGCCAUGGCAUGAUCGAGAGGACCAGCAGGGGGCAGCACACCCGCCUGGCCACCUCCUUCACCAUGGAAGACAUCUACCAGAAGCGGAUCAGCUACAGCCAUGACGGCAGCAACUCCCUCAAGGACCGGUUCACCUUCACUGUCUCUGAUGGGACGAAUCCCUUCUUUAUCAUUGAGGAAGGAGGGAAAGAGAUUACAACAGCAGCACCUCAGCAGUUCCGAGUGGACAUCCUCCCAGUAGACGAUGGCACCCCUACAAUUGUCACCAACCUGGGACUCCAGUGGCUGGAGUAUAUGGAUGGCAAGGCAACCAACCUGAUCACCAAGAAGGAAUUGCUGACCAUGGACCCAGACACGGACGACGCGCAGCUGGUCUAUGAGAUUACGUCGGGCCCCAAGCACGGCCACGUGGAGAACAAGCUGCAGCCCGGCCGAGCUGCUGCCUCGUUCACCCAGGAGGAUGUGAACUUGGGGCUAAUUCGUUAUGUGUUGCAUGACGAGAAGAUCCGCGAGACGAUGGAUAGUUUUCAGUUUCUGGUGAAAGACAGUAAGCCCAAUGUGGUCAGUGACAAUGUCUUCCAUAUCCAGUGGUCCCUCAUCAGCUUUAAAUACACCAGCUACAACAUCAGUGAGAAGGCAGGGUCUGUCAGCGUGACGGUGCGGAGGACCGGGAACCUGAACCAGUAUGCCAUCGUGCUGUGUCGCACCGAGCAAGGCACCGCCCGCUCUAGCUCUGGCCUUGGGGUCAGCGCACACCCGGGACAGCAGGACUACGUGGAGUAUGCUGGCCAGGUGCAGUUUGAUGAGCGAGAGGACACCAAGUCCUGCACCAUUGUCAUCAAUGAUGAUGAUGUGUUUGAGAAUGUUGAAAGCUUCACUGUGGAGCUCAGCAUGCCGGCAUAUGCCCUGUUAGGGGAGUUUACCCAGGCGAAGGUCAUUAUCAAUGACACUGAGGAUGAACCUACUUUAGAAUUUGAUAAGAAGACCUACCGGGUCAACGAGAGUGCUGGCUUUCUAUUUGCACCUAUUGAAAGAAAAGGAGAUUCGAGCAGCAUUGUGUCCGCAGUUUGCUACACAAUCCCUAAGUCGGCUAUGGGAAGCAGCCUCUAUGCUCUGGAGUCGGGCUCUGAUUUUAAAUCGAGAGGAAUGUCUGCUGAGAGUCGUGUGAUACUUGGGCCUGGGGUCACCAUGUCCACCUGCGAUGUCAUGAUUAUUGAUGACAGCGAGUAUGAAGAGGAAGAGGAGUUUGAAAUUGUCUUGGCUGAUGCAUCUGGCAAUGCCCGCAUUGGACAGGUGGCAGCAGCCAGAGUACUCAUCAGUGGUCCCAACGAUGCCUCCACUGUCUCCCUGGGCAACACAGCUUUCACUGUCAGUGAGGAUGCAGGCACAGUGAAGAUUCCAGUCACCCGCCAUGGCACAGAUCUCUCUACUUUCACCUCUGUCUGGUGUGCCACACGGCCCUCUGACCCAGCUUCUGCUACUCCAGGAGUUGACUAUGUCCCCAGCUCCAGGAAGGUGGAAUUUGGGCCAGGUGUGACGGAGCAGUACUGCACCCUGACUAUCUUGGAUGACACUCAAUAUCCAGUCAUUGAAGGAUUAGAGACGUUCGUGGUUUUCCUCAGCUCAGCACAAGGGGCCGAACUGUCCAGACCCUCCCAGGCUGUCAUUGCAAUUAAUGACACAUUCCAAGAUGUGCCAAGUAUGCAGUUUGCCAAGGAUCUGCUCCUCGUGAAGGAGAAGGAAGGCAUCCUACACGUUCCUAUCAUCCGGAGCGGGGACUUAAGCUAUGAGUCCUCUGUGAGGUGCUAUACACAGAGCCACUCGGCCCGGGCCACGGAGGACUUCGAGGAGAGGAGAAAUGCGGACUCUUCACGGAUUAUGUUUCUGAAAGGGGAGAAAGUGAAGAACUGCACUGUCUAUGUCCAUGACGACUCUAUGUUUGAGCCUGAGGAGCAGUUCAGGAUCCACCUUGGCCACCCUCGUGGAAACCACUGGAGUGGAGCAAGAGUUGGAAAGAAUAGCCUGGCCACCGUCACCAUAUCCAAUGAUGAAGAUGGUAAAAACCAGCAAAAAGCAUUACUAGUCAUUUCUAACAAUGACAGUAGUGCCUCAAAUCAGACAGCCCCCACCAUCGAGUUUGAAGAAGCUGCAUACCAAGUCCGGGAGCCUGCAGGGCCAGAUGCCAUUGCAAUUCUGAGCAUCAAGGUGAUCCGCAGAGGGGAUCAGAACAGGACCUCCAAAGUCCGCUGUAGCACACGGGAUGGAUCUGCCCAGUCUGGUGUGGAUUAUUACCCGAAGAGCCGAGUCUUGAAAUUCAAUCCUGGUGUGGACCAUAUAUAUUUUAAAGUUGAGAUCCUGUCCAAUGAAGACCGGGAAUGGCACGAAUCUUUCUCUCUUGUUCUUGGCCCUGAUGACCCAGUGGAGGCAGUUCUUGGGGAUGUGACAACUGCCACAGUGACAAUUCUAGACCAGGAGGCAGCAGGGAGUCUCAUCCUGCCAGCACCACCCAUUGUUGUCACACUUGCUGACUAUGAUCAUGUGGAGGAGGCUACCAAGGAAGGAGCCAAGAAAGCCCCGUCUCCAGGUUACCCUCUGGUCUGUGUUACUCCCUGCGACCCACACUUCCCCAGGUUUGCCAUCAUGAAGGAGCACUGCAGUGAGGCUGGCAUCAACCAGACGUCUGUGCAGUUCAGCUGGGAGGUAGCCGCCCCCACUGAUGGCAACGGGGCCCGCUCACCCUUUGAGACCGUCACCGACAGCACACCAUUCACCAGCGUCAACCACAUGGUCCUGGAUAGCAUUUACUUCAGCCGGCGGUUUCAUGUGCGCUGCGUGGCAAAGGCUGUGGAUAAGGUUGGCCAUGUGGGGACCCCCUUAAGGAGCAACAUUGUUACCAUCGGGACAGAUAGUGCUAUCUGCCACACCCCAGUGGUGGCCGGGACAUCAAGAGGCUUCCAGGCACAGUCCUUCAUCGCAACCUUGAAAUACCUGGACGUCAAGCACAAGGAGCAUCCAAACAGGAUCCACAUCUCAGUGCAGAUCCCACACCAGGACGGGAUGCUGCCGCUUGUCUCCACCAUGCCGCUGCACAACUUGCAUUUCCUGUUAUCUGAGUCCAUCUACAGACACCAGCACGUCUGCUCCAAUCUCGUCACCACCCGCGACCUGAGAGGCAUCUCAGAGGCAGGGUUCCUGGAUGAUGUGGUCUAUGACAGCACUGCCCUGGGUCCUGGCUAUGACCGUCCCUUCCAGUUUGACCCGCGUGUGCGAGAGCUGAAGACCAUCCAGCUCUACAAACACCUGAACCUCAAGAGCUGCGUGUGGACCUUUGAUGCCUACUACGACAUGACCGAGCUCAUCGAUGUGUGCGGAGGCUCAGUAACUGCGGACUUCCAGAAGAUUGACAAGACACAACCUCCCUGUACCUUAUUGGAAGUUGUUACUAACAAGCUGAACGCAGCCAGGUACCCCACACAGUACCUGGCAUUAAACAGUACGUCAGUAAUGACCCGAACUAAUAGUAGUAACAGGAACCCUCUGAGAAAGAAGCGUUCUGUUGGAAACGUGAUGCGCUGUCUUCUCCAGAUCAUUUCCAAAGCAUCACUCUGUACUAAACAGGUGAGGGACUCCGCUCAGUCGUUCUUGACAGUGCAUGUGCCACUCUACGUGUCCUACAUCUACGUGACAGCGCCCCGCGGCUGGGCCUCCCUGGAGCACCACACAGAGAUGGAGUUCUCCUUCUUCUAUGACACAGUGCUGUGGAGGACAGGGAUCCAGACAGACAGUGUGCUCUCAGCAAGGCUUCAAAUAAUAAGGAUCUAUAUUCGAGAAGAUGGUCGGCUUGUCAUUGAAUUCAAGACCCACGCCAAAUUCAGAGAAUCAAGUGUCCAGGGCUCUUUCACAGACAGGCAUAGAGGGGAAAAUACAUCAAAUCUUCUGGCUCAGACUGCCAGUGCAAUGAGUGGGACAGCUGCUAAAGACUCAAGCCUCACCCCCCAAUCAUGCUUCUGCUGCCAGGUUUCAACCCAGCUUGCCCUUGUUGGGGUCAGCAGCAAGUUCCUGAUCCCCAUCGCCUUCCAGCAGACCAACCGCCCUGUGCCCAUGGUGUACUCACUCAAUACUGAAUUCCAGCUCUACAACAAUGAGAAGGUGUUCCUAAUGGACCCCAACACAUCUGAUAUGUCUCUGGCAGAAAUGGAUUACAAAGGAGCCUUUUCAAAAGGUCAAAUCCUUUAUGGCCGAGUACUUUGGAAUCCAGAGCAAAACCUGAACUCUGCGUACAAACUCCAGCUGGAGAAGGUCUACCUUUGCACUGGGAAGGAUGGCUACGUGCCUUUCUUUGAUCCUACAGGGACAAUCUACAAUGAAGGGCCGCAGUAUGGGUGCAUUCAGCCCAAUAAACACCUGAAGCACAGGUUCCUGCUGCUGGUAAGCUCCCUGCUGCUGGACCGCAGUCAGCCAGAGGUCACAGAUAAAUACUUCCAUGACGUGCCUUUCGAGGCCCACUUCGCUUCUGAGUUGCCUGAUUUCCACGUGGUCAGUAGCAUGCCAGGCGUGGAUGGAUUUACUCUGAAAGUGGAUGCUCUCUAUAAGGUGGAAGCAGGACACCAGUGGUAUCUCCAGGUGAUCUACAUCAUUGGCCCUGAUACCAUCCCAGGGCCGCGGGUCCAGCGUUCUCUCACAUCCCCAUUAAGGCGCCAUCCAAGGGACCUGAUAGACCCCAGUGGCCAGCUGACGCUUGACGAUUCCCUCAUUUAUGACAAUGAAGGAGACCAAGUAAAAAAUGGCACCAAUAUGAAGUCCCUGCACCUGGAGAUGCAAGAGCCAAUCAUAGCUGCCUCUCUGUCCCAAACUGGCGCCUCUGUGGGCAGCGCCUUGGCAGCUGUCAUGCUUCUACUUCUGGUAUUUUUGGUGGUUUGUUUCAUCACCAGAAAGUGCCAGAAACAGAAGAAGAAGCAGCCUACAGUGCACAUUCUAGAGGAGUACCCUUUAAAUACCAAGGCGGAUGUAUCCAAGAGGACACCAGACAGGGUGGAGAAGAACGUGAACAGACAGUACUGCACCGUGCGGAACGUCAACAUCCUGAGCGACACCGAUGGGGCCUAUAUGUUCAAAGGUGCUAAAGUAAAAAAAUUGAAUCUGGAAGUCAGAGUCCACAACAACUUACAGGAUGGAACAGAAGUUUAA